AAAUCAAUUAGCCCAUACAUAGCUCGCUAUACACUUUUCCUAAUAGUUUUUUUCAUUUCAACUUAAAACAAGAAACAGAAACAAAACAAGCAGUAUAUUCAAAAUCUUGAAAUAGUGAUGGAGAUUAAUGUUGCAAUUCAAAAAUUAACUCCUAAACGCCGUAGGUACUCUUCUCAGAAAGCUUACUGUUGAUAAAAGUAGCCUAAUAUUCUUCCUUUUGUUUGUCUACACUUCAAAUUUUGAGGUCUUAAUUUCAUUUUAUAGAAGAUCAAGUAUCAAUUUGUUAGCCAAACUGUAGCUUUCUUGUUCUUGGUGGUCUUUAUAGGGUGAUCAAGAUUUGAUUUUUUUUGUUACCAAGUGGAUAUUGUUCAAGAUUGUUGUUUGGUUUGGACACUUGCAUGGAAAAUACAAUCUUGUUUGUGGGUAUUGUUUUUCUUGGAUUCUUGGUUUCAUUUUGUGUUGCUGAUUACUGAACAGAGUUGGUUGGUUGGUUGGUUCAAUCAAGAUUUGAUUUUUAUUCCAAAGUGGUGGGAACUUGCAUGGAUAGUACAAUUUUGUUUGUGGGUAUUGUUUUUCUUGGAUUCUUGGUUUCAUUUUGUGUUGUUAAUAACUAAAUAGAGUUGGUCCUUUGGUUGGUUCAAUCAAGAUUUGAUAUUUUUUUGGUGUGGGGUUUGGUUUUUGAGUUGUGGGAAGAGUUGAGAAUGGGAAAAGAUGAUGGGAUGCUGCUUCUUCCAACAAUAGGACCGCCAAUAAAGCGGCGAGCAGGGUUGAGAAGGAAGCAGGCAGGGAGAGGAUCAUACAGAGGAAGUUAGGUAUUGGUGACAAGGGAAGAAAAUUGGGGAUUGUUUAGGUGUUAUUUGGGGUUUAGGACUGGAUUUAUUUUGAGAGUUUGUGGUGGGGGUUAAAUUUUUUGAAAGAAUAUGGCAAGCCAACUGCAACAAGCACUGAGGAGCCUUUGCUGCAACUCUCCUUGGAAGUAUGCUGUGUUCUGGAAGCUCACACAUCGAGCUCGAAUGAUGUUGACUUGGGAGGACGCUUACUAUGAUAAUGAUGGGUUUCCAGAGAAAGUAUCUCCUGGUAGUACAGCUGGCAACCUUCAUGAUGGACCUUAUUCCAACAAUCGACUUGGAGUAGCUGUGGCAAAGAUGUCCUAUCAUGUUUAUUCUCUUGGAGAAGGUAUUGUAGGGCAGGUGGCAAUUUCUGGAAAACAUCUAUGGGUUUCAGCAGACAAAGUUGCAGCUAUCACCAGCUUGGCGCCUGAGCACUGUGAUGGAUGGCAAGCUCAAUUUUCUGCUGGGAUUAAGACCAUUGUUGUUGCUGCUGUUGCUCCACAUGGAGUUGUACAACUUGGAUCCUUGGAUAGUAAGAUCCCUGAGGAUUUGAGGGUGGUCAAGCAUAUUAGAGAUGUCUUUUCUGAGCUCCAGGAGUUGAUGGCAAGUUGCUUGCAGAGUUCAAUGCAGAACAGCAUGGAAAAUUCUUGCAUGUCAGAGAUAUCAACAAGAACCUCAGUUUCAGAGGUUUUUCAAGACUGCAUAAAUAAUCUAGGUAGAAAUGUUUGUGAAGAUGGGAGAAAUAUGUGGUCUCCUCUAUAUACAUCUUUUGAAAAAUCCGUUGAUCAUUCUUUAAUCUUCUCGCAACCUGGAAGUCACCCAAAUGAAAUACUUCAUGAGACUGCAGUUCAAGGAUCUGAUGACUGUGAAAAUCUGCUUCCGCCAAGCUGUGAAAGUUCCAUUUCAAAACACCAAGAGGAAGGGCAGAUGUGGGCAGAAAAGGAUCCAAAGUUUGAAGGACCAACUAGCAACUUGAGAGUCUUGGGAAAGGGUUUGGUAGAUAAAACUGAGCCAACUUUUAGAAAUAAUGUAAGUAAUGGCAGUGUUUCAUAUGAUGCUGGACAAGUCACUGAACGACCUGAGCCAAAUAAAGAAGUGUUGGGUUUGUCGGAUCUUCCCACUGCAUAUCCAGAUGAAUGUGCUGAGAAAAAUUUAGGUUUUGAGACCGAGUGUAAUUAUACAAUGGACAAACCUUUCAGGUUCUGUGCUGGCUAUGAGCUGUAUGAAGCACUAGGGCCAGUAUUCCAGGAAGGGAAUUCUUCCAAGGACUGGGGUUUAGGGAACCGUGAAGAAAUGGCUGUUGAGAUGCUUGAGGGGAUUGGCACCAGCAGUCUGUUUAUGAGCAACACUGGCAAUGAGCAUCUUCUGGAAGCAGUAAUAGCUAAUGUUAACCGCCAUGACAAUGAUUGUAUCAGUGUCAGGUCAUUCUGUAAAUCUGUUGAUUCCCUCUUGGCCACUGAAAUAAGUGUCGAACCUUGUACCAGUGAUAUCGGCACAAUCAGUUCUACAGGCUAUUCAUUCGAUCGGGAAACAUUGAACAGCUUCAACUCAUCAGGUGCAUGUAGUAUGCAUUCUUCUAGGGGGUUUUCAUCAACCAGUUGUAGCAGAGGUAGUGAACCUGUUAAAAUGCAUAAAAAGAGGGCUAGACCUGGUGAAAGUUCCCGACCUAGACCCAGGGAUAGACAAUUAAUCCAAGAUCGCAUCAAGGAGCUCCGCGACCUGGUUCCAAAUGGUUCUAAGUGCAGUAUAGACUCACUUCUAGAACGAACAAUCAAACACAUGCUCUUCAUGCAAAAUGUUACCAAGCAUGCUGACAAGCUAAGUAAGUGUUCAGCAUCAAAGCUGGUUGACGAGGAAUCGGGUAUCUGUGGAUCUUCCUCCCAUGAACACGGUUCAAGCUGGGCAGUCGAAGUUGGAAAUGACCAAAAAGUUUGUCCUAUGAGGGUUGAAAACUUAGGCAUGAAUGGUCAAAUGCUUGUAGAAAUCUUCGAAGACGGCAGCCAUUUCCUUGACAUAACCGAAGCCAUCCGGAGCUUGGGUCUUACAAUUUUAAAAGGUCUGGCAGACGCUUAUGGUGAGAGGACGCGUAUGUGUUUUGUGGUUGAGGGGCAGAAUGAUAGAACGUUGCAUCGCAUGGAUGUAUUAUGGUCUCUUAUGCAGCUACUACAAGCAAAGAUCAAUGUGUAGAGCUGGACAGUCGGAAGAGACAUGUUACUUAUCAGACCCACUCCAAUUUGUGGUAUCUUCAGAAUCAGGAUACUGAUGUUUGAACAUCCGAUUUCCUUUCUAAACGAGUGCUCGUUUCAUUUAUUUCCUAGUGUGAAAAUGAUAAAUUAUUUGUUUCCUGUUUGUUUCAUUGAUAAGUGUAUGUUGUUGUAUUUUAUGUGUAAUGCUCUCAUGCGAGAAGUAUUAUGCUCGUGACGAGGUGAGGCUUUGUCGUAGAGAUCCUCCACGUCAAACCAGUAGAUUAGAGGUUCGAGACACAACAAGUGUAAGUGGUAAAUCACUAUUGAUCCCUCAAGAUGAUGGGGAGUGAAAACAAAAAGGGUUAUGCUCUUCAUCAUGUAACAUCUUUUAGUGUGCUUGUAUCCAGAAUUUUAGCUUGUACAUCAUUGAUUGACCUUCAGC